AGAAACUCUUACACCUGCACCAAUUAAGAACCUUAUCCACCACUCAUUUCCUCUCUUAACAUUUCCUUCUCUAUUUUUUUUUUUUCCAACCCACAAUAUCUUUCCGGCAGAAAUGUCAGCUCUUUCCAUGGCAACCUCCACUGUUUCUUCUUCUUCACUUCACACCAAGAUCUCCAGCCUCUCGUUCACUUCUUCUCCACUUCCACUCCCUACCCACUACUUAUCAAAGCCCUUUAAACCCUUAAAACUCUUCAAACUCAACAUCCAUUUCCGCAAUCCUCUUUCUCUCCUCUUCCCCCAUCAUUUUCACCCUGCUUUCGCCUCCUUUGAAAGCUUUGAAGUAGCCCAAGAUGAUAACGUAACGGCUCAAGAUGACCCACAAUCUGAAACUGAAGCCUAUCAAGAAGAAGAAGAAGAAGAAGAAGAAGAGGAUGAUGAACUGAAACCCACAGAAUCAAACGAAGAAGGGAGGCUUUAUGUAGGCAAUUUACCCUAUUCUAUGACUUCUUCACAAUUGACCGAGGUUUUCCAGGAGGCUGGUCGUAUCGUGAAUGUCGAGAUUAUUUAUGAUCGUGUCACAGAUAGGAGCAGAGGUUUUGGCUUUGUUACAAUGGCAAGUGGUGAAGAAGCUAAAGAAGCGAUUCGGAUGUUCAAUGGAUCACAAAUUGGAGGCAGAACUGUGAGGGUGAACUUCCCAGAAGUGCCAAAGGGAGGUGAGAGGGAAGUAAUGGCACCAAGGAUUCGGAGCGCCUACAAGGGCUUUAUAGAUACUCCACACAAGAUCUAUGCAGGAAACCUUGGUUGGGGCCUCACAUCUCAAGGUCUUAGAGAUGCUUUUGCCAACCAACCAGGCUUAUUAAGUGCCAAAGUCAUCUAUGAGAGGGACACAGGAAGAUCUCGAGGUUUUGGAUUUGUCUCUUUUGAGUCUGCUGAAAAUGCAGAAGCUGCUCUAAAUGCCAUGAAUGGAGUGGAAGUGGAAGGGCGGCCUUUGAGAUUGAAUUUGGCUGCAGAAAGAGCACGUUCUACUCCAACUUCAGAAGCAAAUAAAGAAGAUAAUCUUGAGAGCAGCGAAUUGCUUUCUAGCAUUGGCUCCUGAGUGAAACAUUAUUUAGGCUUAAUGAGUGCUUAAAUAUGCAGUAAAUGGAGCAUCAGAGGAGCAGUACGAGAAAAUAUAGCAUAGUACUUCCAGGUCUUGAUCCUUAUGGUUCUUUUUGUCUUUCACUGCUCCCCUGCCCUUUAAAAAGGAUUCGUGCAAGUAAGUUGGCAACAAUGUUAAUUAAAAGCAGCCCUCGUGCAUUUUUGAGUUAUGUAGCCCUAGACUGUGCAAUAUUUUGCAUUGUGCUAUAACCUUUUAGCAAUUUUAGAAUAAUCCGUUGAUGGAAA